GUUACCAUAAGUUGAACGUAGGAAAUGGGUGAGAGAUAGUUUGUUUUAUAUCUAUUAGUUAAUGCAACAAAAUGCACGGGGCUACCAAUAUUGGACAAGACAUUAUGGAGAAAAGGCUUUAUAUGAGAUGACACUGCGAUCUGCAUAACCAUAUGGUGACACAAACUAAUCCUUUUUUAGUGAGUCAGUUGUUUGGCAUGUGGAAAAUAAAGAUGUAAUGUUCAAAUGCUUUGCUAACACUAAUUGGCAUGAGCAAGAAACAUGCUAUUAAAAAUUGAAGGCUCUGAAAAAAGGAAUGCAAAAUGCAUCAGAGAAAAAUUCUCAAUGUUCUGAUUGAUUCAUUAGUCCAGAUGGUCAAGCUGCUCUUGGAAUUGGUGCUAGUAAAGAGAGCUAAGAAGAGAAAGCUUGUGUAGAAAAAAUGACAUUCAGAAGAAACGCAUGACUGACAAUGGAAAGCAAAUUAUUGCUACUUCUAAGAGCAGGAAUGAUGACAGCAAGCAAAUUAUUGCUGCUUCUAAGAGCAGGAAUGAUGAUGGCAAGCAAAUUAUUGCUACUUUUAAGAGACAUGGAUCAAAGAAGAAAGCUGCAAUACCUGAAAUAGGUAAUUCACAAUUAAGAAAAAGAACGUUUGUAAACAAGGGUUCAUGGUCUGCCAUGAAAGAAAAUGGAGCAAAAGAAGGUUCAAAUGGUCCAAAUAAACAAAAGAAGCUUUCUGGAGAGUUGAAAAGCCCACCAGUAAAGCCAAAGAAAAGAGACCGUCAUGUGAAUGAUACACCAAUGUGCAUAAGCGGCACUGCCAGAGUGAAUUUCAGCAGGUAAAUCUACUUAUGACCAACUUUGUUGUUUGAUUCUGGUGAUCGA